AUGUGCGAGAUUCAGACGACUAUUGAGCGCUGCCCAAAGUGCAAAACAGAUACACGCGAGGUCGAGCAAAAACAUUGGUGCCAAGAGGCUAAGCAAAAUGGACAAUUUAGAAAAUGCAAGACAAGCAUGAAGGAAAAAACCGAGAUCACUUGGAAACCCCACCGAUCGUGUCAAGUAAUUAACCUUGGACCUGGUCCGAGCAUUGGAAUUGGCAACUUCUCUUCCUUUGACGCCGAUGCGGGCAUUCGAAUUGGCAGCCUCUCUGACCAUGAAGCCGAUGCGAUCGAUGAAGCUUUCAGGAACAUGGAGCGCCAUGCUGAUUCGCUCCGCCACAUUGGCAAAGACUUCCCCAGCAGAGCUGACUUCGAUGCGUUUCGUCAAUUUGGCGAAAAUAUGGUCCGUGAAGGCGAGGCGCUCAGUCGACUUGGCAGAGACAUUGCCCGCGGGCACAACAAGAAAGGGAAGGGCAAGGAGCGGAUGCCCUAA